UACGUCCUUGAAUGUGACGUUUGUAAUUGAUGAAAAUGUUAAACUUGUGGAACAGAGGAGUUCAGAGAGCUUUGAAAGAGCCAUGUGUCAUUAGCUCCGCCCCGUCUAAAAUCCCACCCUUAAUAUCAGCCGCGCGCCCCGCGCAGCUCGACUCUCACCGCCGGCGCCUCUGGAACCAGUUCGACGCUCUCGAACACAACUCUCUGGAACUUUACUGCCACUUUACGCGCCGCGAACAUGGCCGAUUACAUCGAAAGCGAGAAGAAAGUCAACGGCGAGCCGAUGGCGAACGGACUCAGCCCCACAGUGAGGAGCCCGGAACCGGUGGCGGAGCGGGUCAAGCGGAUCGUGAGGUCCAACCUGCUGGUCAUCCUCACCGUGGCGGGGGUCAUCGUCGGGGUGGUCAUCGGACUCGCGGCGCGCCACGCCACCCUGACCUACACCCAGGUGCUCUACAUCGGCUUCCCCGGGGAGCUGCUGAUCCGCCUGCUGAAGAUGAUCAUCAUCCCGCUGGUGGUGUGCAGCCUGGUGUCCGGGGCCGCCAGCCUCGACCCCAAGUCCCUGGGCAAGUUGGGCGGCUGGGCCAUGCUCUUCUUCCUCAUCACCACCCUCAUCGCCUCCUCCAUCGGUGUCAUCAUGGCGGUCAUCAUCAGACCCGGGUCCGGCUCGAUGGAGAAGCCCAAACUGCCCGGUUUGAACGACGCCGUGCCGGAGCCCAAAGAAGUUGUGGACUCGUUCUUAGACCUGAUCAGGAACAUCUUCCCAUCUAACUUGGUGUCGGCAGCUUUUCAGUCGUACGCUACCAGCUACAAGAUGGUCACCAAGAAUGGCACGGAUGGGAUGCCAAACAUCACAGUGGAAAAGGUACCAGUUGGAACCGACCAGGACGGCAUGAACAUCCUGGGUCUGGUGGUGUUCGCCAUCGUGUUUGGUGUGGCUCUGAGGAAACUGGGAGAGGAAGGCGAGAUCCUGAUCAAGUUCUUCAACUCGUUCAACGAAGCCACUAUGGUGCUGGUCGCCUGGAUCAUGUGGUACGCGCCGCUCGGUAUCAUGUUCCUGGUCGCCAGCAAGAUCGUGGAGAUGGAAGACGUCACCAAGCUGUUCACCAGCCUGGGGAAAUACAUCGCCUGCUGCAUCGUGGGUCACGUGAUCCACGGCUUCCUGGUGUUGCCCGCCAUCUACUUCAUCUUUACAAGGAAGAAUCCGUACAAAUUCCUGUGGGGGAUCUUCACAGCUCUGGCCACUGCUUUCGGAACCAGCUCCAGCUCGGCCACACUUCCCCUGAUGAUGAAGUGUGUGGAGGAGAACAACGGGGUUUCCAAACAAAUCAGCCGCUUCAUCCUGCCCAUCGGAGCGACCGUCAACAUGGACGGCGCCGCCCUCUUCCAGUGUGUGGCCGCAGUCUUCAUCGCUCAGCUCAACAACGUUUCGCUCAACUUCGUCCAAGUCAUCACCAUCCUAGUGACGGCCACAGCGUCCAGCGUGGGAGCGGCAGGCAUCCCUGCCGGAGGUGUGUUGACCCUGGCCAUCAUCCUGGAGGCGGUCAGCCUGCCCACCAACGACAUCUCCCUGAUCCUGGCCGUGGACUGGCUUGUCGAUCGCACUUGCACCGUGCUGAACGUGGAGGGCGACGCCUUCGGAGCGGGCCUGCUGCAGCACUACACCGAUCGCAUGUCCAAGAAAGAGGAGGGGACGGAGCUGAGCGAGGUGAAGCUGGAGGACGGCCAGGCAGCGGCGGCGGCGCCCGAGCACUCGCCUCUGAUCGAGAAACGGGAUCCCUACUCCUCAGGGGACAAGGUGUCGUCCAUGUAAGGCGGCUCCCGCCGUCUUGCUCCAACACUCCCGGCUAGGAAGCCAGCGGCUCGGACUUUGUCUUCUGCCUUGGUGAGAAAAGAUGGCCGACUCAAGUCGAGCUCACGACGACUGGGAAACAUUUGAUCCUGUCAACAGACCAACCCCAGUCACCCAAUCUGGUAUUUAUAUUUCAGAAGAUGUUUCUGUAUCUCGAUGAAUCCCGGUGUUUUCUUCCCAUCUUCAACACACAAGUUGCUGCAGCCACUUUGUGUUUGCCAAAGAAAUCGUAGCCAACCUUUCAGACAAUCCCAGCUCCGGAGACGCUAGAGUGACGGCCUGGAAGAUGAUGUAUAUUUAAAAUGUGUCGCACGACAGCUGCAAUAUCAAAAUGAUUUUUUUUUUAUAUCUUAUUUAAACACAUUUGUGCUACAGAUUACUACCAAAGACUUUAUCGCAAAAUACACGGCUUAAGGACUGUAUCUAUAUCAAGGUACCAAACAACUUUUUUGUACUUCAACUUUACAACCCUGGACGAGGAGACCUCUUGACCCUCACGGGGUCGACACGCACACAGACACAUGGGUCAUUCAAACCUGCAACCUCAGGCGUACGCCUUUACCUACCGGUACAUUUUAUUAGCCGACGCUUCUUAACACUCUUGAGACCAAAGACCAUGGCAGCAGGCGAUAAAACUUGGAGGGAGGCGUGUCAUCUUUGUAGCAGCUGCUCGUACUGAAAUGAAACUCACAAUGGUUUGAUAAGCACAAUGUUAUAUCCACGGGAGGUUUGUCAUAGACUUUUUUUCUGUUGCAUGAAUGGUGCAGCGGAGGUCACAGUAAGGUCAUCAAGAACGUGUUCAAUAGACGCGUGCGUGUGUUUGUGUGGCGUUGGUGACUCGGAUGGUCUUAACUAAACUACACACUGUGCUGAAUCCGUUGGAGUCUGUUCUUUCUUGCUAUUUAUUUGAUCCAAAUUCAAGUGACAUGGACUUUAGUGUGGGUUUCAUCAAAGGAAACCUCUGUGUGUCAUGGAUACGAGAUAUUGUCUGGUAUGAAAAGGUCUUCUGGCACAGAUUUGAUCAUUCCUGUUGAACAGUUGGACGUCAAGCUUGUUGCCUUCUGGUGUUUCUGAUCCAUGAAUGUACCUAUUGGUUUGUUACAGUCGGGGAAGGUUUCUCUUCAAAUUAAUGUUCUGGAGGUACUGUCCUUAGAUAGGAAAUAAUAAAGGCCUUGUGUAUUUCUAAAAGUAUC